AUGAAUAAUAAAGAAUCAUCAAAGCCAAACAAACUAAAAUCAUUAGACAUGAGUGAUAUAGAGAUGGUUUUUGGCUCUCCUGCAUCUCCUCGCGGAAGGGUUCAACCUGAUGUACAUAUUGUCAUGAAUGAGAAGAAUGGCAAGAAUGUACACAAAAAUGCUGAAAGUGAUACAGAGACGGUUGCCACCCAGCCACUUUUAGAGCCAGACAAAGGAAAACCAAAGCCACCUCUCGCCGGUCCGGAGAUAGAUGACCUGGAUGGCGACCAACCAACACACACAACUCCUUACCCUGGCAUCGAUGACGGCCUCUUGGAACCCAAUAACAACAAGCCAGAUGUCCACGAAGGAAACUCAGAUGGCGAAACAAAACCCGAGGGAUCAGUGACGCAUUCACUCGACGACCCAACACUCCCGCGGGACGACCACGGCACUGAAGACGGUAAAUGGCCCUGGCCGCCCACCGACGACACCGACUAUCCUUACGAUUUUAACAAUGGACUUGAACCGAGGUUCGGUAUUGACGACCGUCCCAUGUCACCUACGUUGCCAGGAUCAAUUCCAGACGUGAACACGUACCAACAAAAGAAGAAUCUCGCCCAGGGGAUGAUGGAUCUCGCAUUACUCUCUGCAAAUGCAAAUCAACUGCGAUACGUUCUGGAAUCUUCCACAACCCACCCAUAUUAUUAUCCCAGUGUGGCGUUAAUUUCACUUAGCAUCAUAUUUCAGGUUGCAGUGGGUAUAGGUUUAAUUUUAAACAGCCGCUACAACGUCAAAGAUGAUAAGCACAUGUGCAUAGCAGAUAAAAUCAACAAUAUGACAGUCUUGGGAAUAUUUCUCAUUACAAUUGUGAACGUUUUUAUAACCUCCUUCAGCGUCGCCACCCCUACUACGGUUGCUAACCAACAAGCUGCUAUUAUACUACAAGCACAGUCACAAGGA